CGCAGACGCAACGUCGUUCAGUGCGGUUUUGGAGUUCGUAGUCUCUGGUCGUGAUCGUGCCGUUGUCGGAAAACCAAUCCCCCAAACUCCGAGCAAUUCGUCCAAUAGCGUGUGUGUGAGUGUUUUAGUUAUUGUGUGAAUACAAAUAAACGUGUGUUAGUAUUAGCCUUUGAUGGGAUUCAAUCAACUAGCUGUGAAUUGUGAGCAAAGUGCAAGGAUCCUCAACCGAUAUUGCCAAAGAAAAACAAGAGCAUAACCUCAGCUCCAUUUGGAGUUUCAGUUAGCAGCCAUGCUGACAACAACGAAGGAUAAAUCAUCGCUGCUGCUUGUCGCCUUUUUGGCCGCAUUAAGCUCACUGCAGCUUCAUUGUCAUGCCGCCUACCCAUACUAUGGCACAAAGAUCGGCGCACUUACACGACUUCACCAUGGCGUUUCCGGUGACGUUUAUGCCGUCGACUCGCGUACUAUUUUCAUAAAGAAAUUUAAUUACGAUGGCGAAGCUCCAGCUGCAUACUUCUAUGUCGGCAACACAGCACGUCCCAGCAACGAAGGCGCUGCUCGCCUUAGAGACGAAAAGGGCGGAACCGCUGCACUGACGCGCCGUUAUCGCAACAAGGACAUUACUCUAUCGCUGCCUGAAGGCAAGACGCUUCGUGACGUCAAGUGGUUUUCGGUGUGGUGCGAUGAGUUUGCAGUCAAUUUCGGAGAUGUGGCUAUACCAAACAGCCUGGACUUUCCACGCCCGCAAAAAAUAAGCGCCCUGAGAGGUGUUCAUGGCGUUUCCUCUGACAACAUUGUCAUCGUGGAUGCCCAGACUCUAUUGGUUCCAAACUUUAGCUACGAUGGUGAAGCACCAGAUGCUAAGUUCUGGGUAGGUCGUGGUCAGCGUCCGACAUCAGAUGGCCUAAGAAUACCGGACGAGAACGGUAAGGAGAAUCCGUUGCGUCGCUACGACCGGAAGACAAUUGUAUUAACGCUUCCCGAAGAUUUGACCAUCUUUGAUAUCGGUCAUUUUGGUGUCUGGUGUGAGGCAUUCACCGUUGACUUCGGUCAUGUGCGUCUGCCUGAAGGUCUCAAUGUGCCGCCCUCGCUAAAAAUGCUGGGCAUAAGUCCACAGUCGAAGCUAAACUGUGAGGUGCUUUAUGAUGAUCUGGCUUUUGAAGUACGCUGGGCCGUGGCCGGUGAGAGCAUCGUCGUGCAAUUGGUUGCUAAAUUGGAUCCCAACAAUUACAUGUCCUUUGGCAUUUCACCCAAUAAAAAUAUAAGUCAAAUGAUUGGCGCCGACGUUGCAGUGGCCUGGGUUGAUCCUGAAACUGGCAACGGCUUCGCUCAGGAUUAUUAUCUGGAAGGAAAGGCACAAUGCUCAGGUGGACGCGGUGCCUGCCCAGAUGUCAAGAUUUUACCAAACACAAACUCUAUUCGGUUGCUUAAUGCUGCUAUGGUAAAUGGCUACUCAAUUGUUACCUAUCAGCGUUCGCUUGCUGCCACGGAUAGUCUGGACUUGCCCAUCUCAGUGACUGAUGCAGAAUCCGCUGUCUGGGCCAUUGGACCACUGAAUGACUACAGAGAGGUCUCCUUCCAUACCUACUACAACAAACAUUUACAUCAUAUUGAAUUUGGUCGUCAACCUAAAUGGAAUUGUCCUUUGCCUGAGGGAGCCAAGUCGGGCAUCAAUUCCGCCGAACAGGAGGAUGAAGUCACCCAAAUUCCCCACAGCUUCGCUGGUGGUGCUGGAUAUCCUCCCGCCGGCCGUCCCUUGAACGUUGAGCCCGACGAGGAGUUUUAUGAGAAUCGGGCCCAAGCACUUCAUCGCACAACUCCCGUACAUGCUCCACAAAAACAGCAGGUGACCGCGCUAUCCACACAACAUCGCUCAGUGCCUACGCCCAAGCCGGUCAACAGUAAGGAUGCCUGGGAUAUUCCUGCUAUUCAGUGCCACGAACCCGAAGAUGGCGUCUUCUACGCCCAAAUGGGUCCAACAGGAGGCAAGCAUGGCUAUCCGGCAAUAACAGGUCACGUUGGGUGGGGCAUCUCGUGGUACAUUAAUGGUUUGCUCAUUCCCGAGCUCCAUGUAGUGAGAGGCAGGACUUACACAUUCGUGGUGGAAGGCGGCAAUAAUCCUGACAUACCCGCCAAGUAUCAUCCAUUCUACAUCAGUGACGAUCCUGUUGGAGGUUACGAGCAUAAGCGAGAGGAAGAAAAAAAGGCCGUUCGCAUCUUUGCUGGUGUACAUAGGUCCAGAUCCGGACAGGUCACUCCCACCGGAGUGGGUCGUCUGUGCAACUGGACUCCUGAUGUGGAAGGACCACCAGCCGAUGAUUAUCAAUCAUUUGGCGCGUACCAGCGUACACUUACACUAAAAUGCGAUGCAGGAGAACCAGGUGUGAUCAGCUGGAAGCCGGAUAAAAAUACGCCGGACACCGUUUACUAUCACUGUUUUACGCAUCGCUAUCUGGGCUGGAAGAUUCAUGUGCACGACUCGUGCAAUGGCAUUAGUGGUGGUGAUGGUAUAGGUGCUGCUUCAGAUCGGUACGAGAUACGUGAACCGGCGCCCAUCCGAGAAGACUACACCGCCGAGUCAUCGAUACGUCACGAAACCAAGAUGGCAUCCGCGCUGCUGAAGCUCUCGAGGAGAGCCUACUAAGGAACCAGUCCAUCGCCUCUGAAGCCGCUGAACCACCGACUCACAAUAACGAUAAAAGCGGCACUAACAACAACGGUGACAUUAGUAACAACAA